GCCGCCCUUGACUACGACUACGUCAUUGUUGAGGGAAAUAUGUUGACAGAAUGGGCAGAUCUCAUCGAGCUGUGUGAUCGUGUGAUUUUCCUAACUCUCGAUCAGGACACCUGUCGUCGUCGUCGCACGAGGCGCGCUUAUGAUCCACCUGAUGUUGACGGAUAUUUUGAAGAAGUGCUUUGGCCAGCGUAUCAGCAACAUCUACAAAAAGCCCUGGCUAUCGCAAGAGAAGAUCGCCGUAUCUCAUUUUUGGAUGUAACAUCUGAUGCCGAUCACGUAGACGCUGAGCAGAUGUUGUCGGUAAACCCCAAGUUGUUGUUUUUUUCUAUUUCAUGUAGUUCUCGAUGCUUUUACAGCUGA